AUGCCAGGCGAUUUGGACGACAGCAGCGACUACGGAUCCGACUUUACCCCGGAUGAAGAAGAGCUGCUGAACGAUCUGCUCGCCAAAGUCGCCACAGAACACGCGACCGCCCAGGCCUCUGCUACCGCGACGGCGACAGUGACGGCAACGACAACGACAGCCUCGAAAACCGUACAGGCGACAGUCACCGCCGUCGCUGAUAUUGAAGAAUAUGCUGAAGCUCCAGCAAGUCAACGAGUGCCUAAGGUACUGGGCCGUGAAAAGCCCGGUUAUCUAUGGCAGAAGCGCAAGACCUGGCAGGUCUCGACGUCUGCAGGGGCAAGGGCAGAUCAGAUCUCGGGCGACAUUUGCGCCGCGUCUGUAGAGCAUCCAGAUUCCAUCGAAGGCCGCGAAAGACAACGAGAGAGAGACGUAGCCCGUGAACGGGAAUGGAUCGGUGAUUCGACAACAAGUCCAGCGCCUGAUUUUCGAUCACCUAUUGAACGAUUCAGAAAGCCACCCAACAAGGCCUUUUCCGUUACUGAUCUGAUCUCUCCUGCAUGGUGCGAGCUACAGUACUGGUAUACCUUGACUAAGCAUGGGAGGAAGAGGAGAACGCCCGCUAUGAAGCAGGGGAGUACUAUUCACAAAACGCUCGAGGAUGAGGUACACACGACUGUUCCCGUGGAAAUCACAACCAAGGAAGAUGCGUUGGCCUUGAGGCUGUGGAAUGUCAUACAGGGCUUACGGACACUGCGAGAAUAUGGUCUUACUCGGGAGCUGGAGGUCUGGGGUCUUGUCGAUGGUGAGCUGGUCAAUGGAGUCAUUGACCAGCUCUCGUAUGAGUGCCCAGACCCGGAGCUUGAGGCGACAGCCGCCAGAUACUAUGCCGAUGUGGAGGCCUCUAGGGCGGUAAUGCCCGAGUAUCAGAUGUCUCUGACAGAUUACCUGCUAGCUCCCUCGCAGGGCGGGAAGAGGCUGUCAGAGAUGACAUGGACGGAUGAGCCUGAUGAGCUGGUCGAGGACCCUCCCAGCACCCAAUCGUCUGAGGCCUUCAACAUCCCUCGAGUCUAUCUCACAGACAUCAAAACGCGAGCCAGCGGCUCCAUACCCACCAUCAGGAGCACGUCAUUUCGGCCGACGCUACUCCAGCUCCAAAUCUACUAUCACAUGCUGAACCGUCUCACCACCACCGAUGAGGUGUCCAUCGAGACGCUCGCCUCCCGCUACGACCUAGAUCCCCAUCGUACUUUCACCGACGCUUUUAUCGCUGAAGUCGGCGGCCUAAACGAUCAAUUCUUCGACGCCCUUUCAGCCUCGGAAUUCGAUCCAGACUUCAUCCCUUCGCCCGAAGAUGCUGCACGCAGACCGUCCAUGCGAUCAUCGGGGUCCCUCCCCUCCGCAAGCCAGGACUCAACCAGUAUUCUCCUCGAACACAAUAACCUGUCCAGUCUCUGGAAAUUUAUGAAAGACCAACUCCGCCUUACUUUCCUUCCCUCGCCGCAACCCUCCGCCUCCGUUGCACCCUCUAUCCCCUCGGAAUUCCAGCCUAGCAUGCUAGAACCAUACCCGACGAUCAUAUCACCUCUCCUGACAGCUCGCUAUCUCUCCUCCGCACCCACGGCAGACCUGCACACCCGCGUCCUGGGCAGCCGUAGCUUUCUUUUCGAUCCAACAUCCAUGUCAUCCUAUCUCUCCGAUCAGAUGGACUGGUGGCGCGGUAAUCGUGACCCGCGCGGCGUCGAAAUCAUGGAAGCAUGGAAGUGCCGCAUAUGCGAGUUCCGCGAGGAAUGCUCCUGGCGGCAGGAGAGAGAAUGGAGCAUGGCGAGACGGAAAAAGGGCCCGAAGGAUCUUGAUGCUGCCGUGUGA